GUGCACUGAAGCACAUUCACUUUAAUCCAAGCGUGAAUACUGCUUUGCUUGCAUUGCAGUCGUGGCAACUGCAUACUGUGAUUGAUGACUGUUGUUAUCUAUGGCUUCUAUUUACGCUUGCCGUUUGCUCCGUAGUUUAAUAAUCGACAUCUAGAGCAGAGCACUAUCGCAGCCUAUUUGGCAGACUCUGGCCAAGCCGCACCGGUGUUGAUUGCUCGUCAUGUCGAGGCUGCUGGCUUGCGCCAGCAACUACCUUGGGCGCACCGCGGUGGUCCUUGACAACAAUGCAUUCAGCUACGAAACCGUGCUGAGUGCAGCGGAUGCCAUUCGCUCCGACCUAACACGCAAGCUCCGAAACCCAGCCUCAGCACCAUCACCCUCCACAUCACCAACUGCUUCCGCCGGGACUCGAACAGCCGCCACCGCGCCUCCCCGCGUGGGGCUCUACGCGGCACCCGGACCCGAGUACCUAGCUGCCACGUGGGCCGUAUGGCAGGCGGGCGGCAUUGUCGUACCUCUCGCCACGUCACACCCGCCCUCCGAGCUGUCGUACGUGUGUCAGGACGCCGGCGUGUCAGCGGUGCGUCCUAGCUCCCCCCGACCAGGAAUCCCAGCUGGGCACCAUAGCACACCAGCAGGGUGCCGUACUGCAGCUGCUACAGCCGCUGAGGGGCACUGCUACUGGAGCUGCUCACGGGGGCGCCAGCGGCACUGGCAGCGGCAGCGGACGGGGGUCAGGGAUAGGUCGGCAGCAGCAGCGGCAUGAGGAAGAGGAGGAGGCGGCAGCGGCGCUGGCGGCUUUGUGUGGUGCGGAGGUCAGCGGCAGCAGUGCCAGUGUCAGUGCGGGCGGUGCGCUGAUCAUGUACACGAGCGGGACCACUGGGAAACCCAAGGGCGUGCUGCACACGCACAGGAGCCUGCACGCCCAGGUGUCCGCACUGGCCUCCUCCUGGCGCAUGCGCCCCUCCGACACGCUGCUUCACUGCCUGCCGCUGCACCACAUCCACGGCAUCGUCAACGCGCUGUACUGCCCCGCGGCGGUGGGCGCCUGCGUGGAGUUCACACCGGGAGGCAGGUUCGCCGCGCCCGCGGUGUGGCAGCGCAUCCAGUCUGGCGGCAUCUCGGUGUUCAUGGGGGUGCCCACCAUGUACUCGCACCUGCUGACGGAG